AUGGGUGGAUGCGAGUGCGCCUCCCGCUCGGACCUCGAUCCUUCGACAACGAAGCAUCGGCUACCGUCACAAGAUGCUGUACCGCGGCCAAUGGGAUGGAACGACGAUGGCGCCGUGUCAACGCGAGCUGCAGGUGCCCUGCCCUACAGCAUUCUAACCAACGCCCAACCGCCGAAACGAGGCUUUUCGCAGAAGCUCAUGCGCCUCGCCAAAUCUCGCGACAAGACGCCUUCCGACGGCCAAAAAAGGCUGGCUGGAAGCAUCGGCAUCGGUAGCGUGCAAUCCAAAUCGGGCUCCCUCUGA